GGAAGCGGGCGGGGGAGGAGGUCCCUCCGCCAUCUUGUGCCGCUGUCUGAGCGGCGUGGAGCGAUGGGGAGGCCCCUCCUUUGGCUCUUAAAGGGGGCACGGCGGCGCGGUGGGGCCCCCUCGGCUUGAGGUGCAGCGAGGUCCAGCGGAGGAGCCGAUGGAGCCGUGUCGCCCGUGCCGCCAACGCGCCCCGGAUUGCGUCCGCCGCCAGAAACGCCGGGAGCUGGACGCUCGCCGCAGCAAAUGCCGCAUCCGCAUCGGGGGACACCUGGAGCGUUGGUGUCGCCUCAAGGAGCAGCUCGGCUUUGCCCUUCAUUCCCAGUUGGCCCAGUUCCUCCUUGACAGGUACAGCUCCCACGGCGGCGUCUGGAGCCCAGGUGAGCCGGAGCCCGGGUUCCUCCACGCCGAUGCCCUCCAGCGCUUGGUGGUCCUGUCCCACAGUCACAGCCGGGAGUGCGGCUUCGUCCCCGACGUGAAGCCCCCGGCACCGGGCGGUGCCUCCCGGCUGGUGUGGGAAUGCGUGGCCGGACACAGCUUCUCCUGGGGUGUCGCCAGCAUGGUGGAGGACUCUACCUCCACAUCUGGUCCUCAAGGAGAAGAACGGGAGGACUCGGGGUGCGGCUCCCCACCGAGUAGCGCCCGGCGGCGCUCGCUCCGGCGAGGACUGACUGCCGAGUCUGACUCCGGGAAGGAUGAAGCCAAACCAGAAGGAGCAGCUCAAGCACCCAGCGAUGACAUGGACCAGAGAGAAGAGUUAGAAGCUGGUGGUGAUGAUGGCACCGCAGGACAGCCCCAUGGGGGUCCUUCCCAACACGCCCAAAGCUUCCCAAGCUCGCUGGAGAGUCACUCCCCGUCCUUCUCCUCUCCCAAUCCCAUCUCAAGCAGCUCCGGCUUCAACUUCCAUAACUCCUGUUGUCUCCUUGCAGCUCCUCCAGUGCCAAUGGAGACGGGGACCACGGCAAAAGAUGACGGGAGCGCUUCCGUCCCGGAGGAGAAGGCAGAGCAGGGGGUGGAGCUCCAGGAAGGAGAGGAGGAAGAGGAGGAGGAUGACUUUGCUGAGGACGAUGAUCUCACCUACACUGAUGAUCUACGUGAUGAGAACUACCACCCCUCUCUGGACAGCGACUCCGAGCCGCAGCGCCGCCAAAGCCAGCCCAAAGCCCGGAAGAAACCUGUGAAGGAGGAGCUGCGUCCAAACGAGCCAAGUCCAACCGGCUUCAGCUCACCGGAGGAGAAGGUUGGACGACUCAGCUGCAAGAGGCGAGCGCAGGUCUGCGAUGAGGACGUGGCCCAGAUUGGCCCCAAGAGGAUCAGGAAAGCGGCGAAGCGCGAGAUCCUCCUGUGCGACUUUGAAGGCUGCGGCAAGAUCUUCUCCAACCGCCAGUACCUGAACCACCACAAGAAGUAUCAGCACGUCCACCAGAAGACCUUCACCUGCUCGGAGCCCAGUUGCGGCAAGUCCUUCAACUUCAAGAAGCACCUCAAGGAGCACGAGAAGCUGCACAGCGACAAGCGGGAUUACAUCUGCGAGUUCUGCGCCCGUUCCUUCCGCACCAGCAGUAAUCUCAUCAUCCACCGGCGCAUCCACACGGGAGAGAAACCCCUCCAAUGCGAGAUCUGCGGCUUCACCUGCCGGCAGAAAGCCUCGCUCAACUGGCACAUGAAGAAACACGACGCCGACUCCUUCUACCAGUUCUCCUGCGACAUCUGCGGCAAGAAGUUCGAGAAGAAAGACAACGUCACCGCUCACAAAAGCAAAAGUCACCCGGAAGCGCCCACCGGAACUUCUCAAAGUGAAGGAAACCAACGGCAGACGGUGCUGAGCUUCAGCGCAGGGACACAGGCAGGGCUGGAGAACCCAGAGGCGUCCGGAGAGCUCGGUGUGGAACCCUUGGAGAUGUCGGAGCUUGGGGAAGCAGAGAAGAUCUCACCUCCUGUUGUCACCUCAGCUGAAUAUCACGGUGGGAUUGGAGAGGAUCCACCCCGAGGCCGCGUGAUGGAUGGCGUUGGUUCCUAGGACUCAUCCUCAAGGUCUUGGCUGAAGGAGGGUCCGGAGAAGAUGGCUGGAGCACGGUGAAACGAUGCUGGAGCUGUGGCACGUGGCAGAGGUGCCAAAAUUCCAGCGGAGCCGCGCUUCCAGGGGAAAUCCCUGCCUCUCCGCCAAAGCCCAGGCUUCCCUGGCCUCUCGCCCACCUCCCUCGCCGCGAGGAGGUUGCCAAAAUCCUUGGCAAGACGCUCAAUAAAGACUCAUUUUGCCGGUUUUCCCCGUUUGUGGCGGCUGCUUCGGCGCCGUUUCCAUGAAAAAAAAAGGCAGAAAAGUGCAUUUUCUGUGUGCGCAGCCGGCCGUGACGGCGAAUCCGGGAUAAAUUUGGCUGCUGAGCUAAACGCAGCCCCGUAUCUGAACUGAAAACAACGGAAUUAGCCCAAAAAAAAGGGGUUGGGGCGGCUCUGGAAGAGCUCCUCGCCCAGGAAUGAGCUGUGACAGGGGCACCCGCUCUCCUGCUGCUCCGUGGUUUUCCUCUUGGAGAAGGAAUUGGGAUUUUCUGGGUUGGGACGUGGGAUUGGGCUCCCUUUGCCACCCAAAAGGGGGCUCCUUUGCCUCAAAAAAGGCGUUUCUUUCCCCAAAAAAGGUCUCGACGCUGCCGGGUGAUGGGAUCCUUCCCCAUUUUCUCAAAGCCUCUCCGAUUAUUUAACAGCUUCCCCAAACAGUUGAUUCCUUCCCCUUUUCCAGCAAGGAAAACCAAGCGUUCGCCUCCACCCUUUCUGCCUGAAAAGCUAAAGCAGAUCUUUAAGCCGCACGAGGAAAGGCUGCGGAGGCCUUUUAAAGGCUCCUAUUUAAGGUUAAAAAGAUCUCUUUAAAUUUUAACUCCUUAUUUAACCUCACAAAGGUGAAGCCCCAAAACCCCCUCAGAACCCCGA